CUGUGCGAAACAUCCGGGACUCGAUCAGGGGUGUCACUCAAGCCUGCGAAGAUGGCGACGACGGGCAGAAAUACACUCCAAUCGGUUAGCACAAAUGUAAAUAACAGCACUUCCGAAAGCCAAAAUAACGAGGAGGAUGACGGACAGAAUUUAUGGUCAUCGAUAUUGAGUGAGGUGUCGACGCGCUCCCGAUCAAAAUUGCCAUCAGGAAAGAAUGUGGUGGUUAUGGGUGAGGUGGGGUCUGGUAAGACCACCCUGGUGGCCAAACUACAAGGUGUAGAAGAGUACAUGAAGGGCCGGGGCUUAGAGUACCUGUAUUUCAGUGUUCACGAUGAUGAUAUCGAUGAUCAUGCACGGUGUAAUGCAUGGGUGCUGGAUGGUGACCUGUACCACAAAGGCCUGCAGAAAUUUGCUGUAUCGACGGAUAACCUGGAGGACUCGCUGGUUCUGUUUGUGGUUGAUCUGUCCCGGCCCUGGCUGGCCCUCGAUUCAUUGCAGAAAUGGGGCAGUGUUGUGAGGGAUUUUGUGGACAAACUCAGAGUUCCCCCUGAAACCAUGAGAGAGCUGGAGCACAGAUUGGUGAAGCAGUUUCAGGAAUAUGUGGAACCAGGAAGUGACCUGGACGCUGUGCCCCAGAGAAGGAAUCCUGAGUCGGAGGAAGAGAGCGUCCUGCUGCCGCUGGGAGAUAAUACACUCACACACAACCUGGGCCUGCCUAUAGUGGUGGUCUGCACUAAGUGUGAUGCCAUCAGCACAUUGGAGAAGGAGCACGAUUAUAAAGACGAGCACUUAGACUUCAUCCAGUCUCACAUUCGACGCUUCUGCUUGCAGUAUGGAGCAGCACUACUUUACACAUCCAUGAAGGAGAACAAAAAUCUAGACUUGUUAUAUAAAUACCUCGUUCACAGGUUAUACGGCUUUCCCUUCAACAUCCCAGCUCAGGUGGUGGAGAAAGACUCUGUGUUUAUUCCAUCAGGAUGGGACAAUGAAAAAAAGAUCGCCAUCCUGCAUGAAAAUUUCCAGACUGUAAAAGCAGAUGACAACUUUGAAGAUGUAAUAGUGAAACCUCCAGUUAGAAAGUUUGUACAUGAGAAGGAAGUUCAAGCUGAAGAUGACCAAGUAUUUCUACUAAAGUUGCAGUCUCUGUUAUCUAAACAGCCUCCAGUCACUGCAGGAAGACCAGUGGACCCAACAAACAGAGCUCCCACAGGCUCACCGAGGACGACCAACCGUUCAGCGGCAGCUAACGUUGCAAACGUCAUGCCCAUGCAAUCAGGUACCAUGAAGAUUGAUCCCAACAUGAAAGGAGGUCAGACCAGCGAGGGCGUGCUGGCUAACUUCUUCAACAGUCUGUUGACUAAGAAAGCAGGCUCACCCGGCCCGGGCGGCCAACCCACAGGAGGAGGGAACAACACCCCAGGAACAGUCCGCAAAUCAGAUCUUUGACAUCAGCGAUGGCUCCAAGUUGGGGUUGACAGAUGUCCAGGCUGAGCUGGACCGGAUCGCCAACAAGUCCGACUUGGACUCUUCAGCCACUAACGCCACUACGCCCCCUGCCGAAAAUGACGAAUCCUAAGUGAGAAACAGGGAUCAUUCACUGACAAGCUCCUCCCCCUUUACACUGCUCUCUCUGCCUCUCUGAACCUGCCUCCCUUUUGCCACCUCUCCACCCUUCCUCUCCCUCACGUUUCCUCUUGAUCUUGUUCAGAAAGGGGAUUUAUUCCUAUUUAUUCCUUUUACCGCAAAUGACUUGAAGCUGCAUGUUGGCAAAUUGCGAUCGCUAAGUCUGUUUCCACACACGAACACACGUACAGCGGACGGGUCCGUAAAAAAACAUAGACAGGGUUAUCAUAGAAAUGAAGGACUUUAGAUCAGCAUUGGACACUAAAAGAGAAGCUUAGAGAGGAAAUGGGGAUGUAGAGAAAAGACGAUGAAAGAGGUUUGUGACUUUAAGUGUGUAUAUAUGCAAGUUAAUCUUUUCUUUGUCUUUCGGUAGUGAAUUAUCUUAUAUGAAGGAUCCUGUUCGACCAAAGUAAAAGUCACUCUGCUUCUGGUAAACAAACGCACAUUUUUACUUAUCUAAACAUCUUAGCCUGAUCUGAACAAAAAAUGAUUUAAAAAUAAAGGAAAGUAUCACAUUUCAGUCAGAGAGAGAUUCGGUUAAACGAUUCAUUGGAUGUGGUCACCUUGUGUUGGUGUUUAUUAAAUGGUUAUCUUUGGCACUCUUAAGUGUUUUGAUCACAGGACCAGAACAAAUAUACUGACAUGAUUUCAAUGCUUUAUAAUAUUUAUAACCCUUUUUUUUGCUGCUGUUAAACUGUCAACAGAGUCGCCAAGUCAGAUUGAUGUGAUCUGUUGUGUACUACAAUUAAAAGUAUCUGAAUACUGCACUAUUACACAAUGGUAGGCAAUGACACUGAAAAUGAUUUACAAUGCUGAUUAUAACAGAAUAGUAUAUUUAACUAGGGAGCGAUAGUUUUUAGCUUAGACAUGGUUUAUGAAGUCAUCUGUGUAACUGCUGAUCAAGACUAUUGAUGAGACUGACAACUAUGUCCAGUAUAAACAUUUUUGUCUGUUUGAUUUCUAGGCUCAUAAGAGCUUGAAAAUGGGAUGUUUCUGUACAUGUGUGUUCUCAUCUCUCAACUACAGCCAGUUAACUGUUAAUUAAUGGAUGCACUAGAGAUCAUGCGAACAAGAGCAGUAUUAUUGUCUAUUAAUUUCUGUGUGUGUGUGUGGGGGGGGGUAUAAAUUCAGCCAGAGAUUUGUCUGUUUAGAGACUUUAACAGCUAGAAAUUAGUACCGUACCGGGAAGGGGGAGGGGGGAGGGGGGGGGGUUUGCGGAGGUGGCAGGGCAGGUGAGAUCUCACCCUCCUCACCUGCAUUUACAGUCAUCAGCCAAACAGAGAGGGAGGGGAAAUAAACACGCUAAUAUGGUCCCAUAAUUUCACAAGAUGUAGUGAUGUUUCUCUGAAUCAGGUCUGUAAUCAUUCUAUUAAAGUUGUAUUUAUUGGGAA